AUCAUCAUCAUAAGCAGGAACUUAAUCGGACAAAAAAGAAUGUUAUAUAAAUGAUAUACAUGAUAUCAAUAUAACGCAUGCAAUAAAAAAAGUACGUUCUUACGAUGGUAAGAAUAUAGAAUAAUUCAUAGGCAUAUAGGAAUGAACUACCUUUUAUUUAACAUAUAAAUUUAAGAUAGUACAGUAUUCUUAUUUUGUAAAAAUUACAUAAAACUGAUGAACAUUUUGGGGAAUGUUUUCAAACAACAGUUUAAUAUAGAUUAUUGCAAGACAGAAAUAUAUGUGAAGUUAAUAGGCUAUUUGCUUUAAGCAAUUUAUUUGUACAAUUUCAAAAUUCAACGGAAAACAGACGUUGCAGUUAGAUGAAAUAGAAUACAAUCUACGAAGAUAUCAAGAUGUAAUAAGAGUUGCUGUAAUUAGAAGAAACAAACAAAAAUAGUGUGAUAAGCGGCGAAAAUAAAUAACAAAUGCCAUGACUAAGGACGACCUUUUUUCGUCUUUAGUAAAUAGUAUAUCGAAAACGUUACGAAGCUUUAGUCUAAUAAAAAAACAUCCUCCAUUUGCAUAUCAGUUAUAUGUCCCACUGGAAAAGUGGAAAUAGUCCCAUUUUUUGGACGUGCACUGAUACUAGAGCCUCUGAAGUACAAUAAUGUCCACAAGUUAUUUUCCUGCAUGAUUGUACUCGUUUGUAAAAGUUAUAAGAAUGAAUGGUUCCCAACCUCUCAUUGUCAAUGUUUGUCUAUUAAUCUAAAUUAGUUAUUCUUCUCUUGUACAUAUUAAUGUGUAUAUGCAUUCCUUUAUAAAAAUAACCAUGACAUGUUAUGCUACAAGCACCGCAAACUUCUUAAGAUAUAAACGGGAUUCCCUCAACACGAAUCAUAUCGAGGUGCACAUUACAACUUUUAGGCAAAUCACAAAUUCACAAUCAAAAACAUCAUUAUUAUCUCAAAAAUAAUAAUAACCAUCAUCAUCAUCAUCAUCAUCAUCAACAACUACAUCAUCAACCGCAUCUUUAUCGCCACGAUAAUCAUCUCCAUCAUCAUAACAAUUAUCAACACCAUCGCAGGCGUGACGAUUCAUGUUAUCGUCAUAAUCAUCGUCAUAAUCUCAUUUUCAUCAUACUUUUCAAUAUUAAUCUUAUUUACUUUAUCAGAGCAUACACUACAACGCGGGAUUAUAUGCAUUAAACGAGAAUAAAACGGGUUGUCUUACCUAUAUGAUUAUAGACCAUUAAAUUUCAAGUUAUCGUUAAUCGCAAUAAAGUUUCGAUGAUUGGUCACAUUACCAUCAUGCACAAAUAUACGCUCACCAAUGUUAAGAACAACAGCAUCAGCCAUAUUGAGUUUAUUUUGGCGUGCGUAUAAUAAGAUCGAAAAUUUUGAAUUCAAGUUUAAGAAAUAAAUAGUUUUCCCUUCCCGCAGAUUUACUUGUAUAAUAUAACGUUAGGUAUAUGUCUUUUGCCAGACGAGAUCAAAACAAACAGGGCACGGUCGAAUAACUUUAUUUUUCGCCAUGAUUAUUAUGAUGAUCUAAGUGACGACCAUGAUGAUGUAAUUGAUUAUGAGAAGGAAGAGGAGGAGCAGGAAAAGAACCGGUAUUAAACUGAUGAUGAUUAUGAUGCUGAUAAUGACAGUGUUGAUGAUGUUGAUUUUGAUGACGACGAUAAAGAUGAUGUUGAUUAUGAUGAUGAUUAUGAUGAUGCUAAUGAUGAUGGUGAUGAUGAUGAUGGUGGUGGUGAUGAUUUUCCAAGCAACGACGAAGACGACGACUUCGACGAUGAUUAUGUUGAUUAUGAUCGGGAGGAGGAAGAGGAGGGGGAUUAUCACGACAACGAAAAUAUCUUGAACCGUGAUAAGCCUUAUUGCUUUUAAACUAGUCACAUGCCAUGAAAAGUAUGUGUAAUAUACUUAGAUUGAUCGAAAAUACACCACGAAGUGAUGACAUCAAGAGAUGAGGUCAAGGUUGGUAAGUCAGUACAGAACUUGAUUGCGGGUGUAGAAGAUGUGCUGCGUCUGGCUGCCCCUGCCAGGGACCAAAUGAUAGGACUGCAGUCCUACAUGAAACAAUUGGUAUCUGUAAACGCCGGUAUAAAGAAAGAGGCUUACCAAGGUUUACAUACAGACAAUUUUCCACUAAGUGAAAAUGACAACCCGGAUGCAGUUUUUGCCGAAGUUGAAAGGAUGGUGGGUUUUGCUAAAGAAGAAUUACUUCGAAUACAGGCAGCCAAGAAUAAUAAAAUACGUGAACUGGAACACGAAAGACGAGAACUUCAGGAAAAUGCAAAAAGGACUGAGGAGGUACAGCGUCGGCAAAUUCAAGAACUUCAGGAAAAUGCAAAAAGGACUGAGGAGGAACAGCGUCGGCAAAUUCAAGAACUUCAGGAAAGUGCAAAAAGGACUGAGGAGGUACAGCGUCGGCAAAUUCAAGAACUUAAGGAAAAUGCCAAAAGGACUGAGGAGGAACAGCGUCGGCAAAUUAAAAAAAUAUCAGACGAAAAUGACCAACUGAAAAAUACUGCUGCAAAUCAGGUAGCCCAGAAUCAAAAGAUCCAUGAAUUGGAAAACGAAAGACGAGAACUUCAGGAGAACGCUGUGGAGGAACAGCGUCGUCAAAUACAAAAAUUAUCAGACGAAAAUGACCAACUUAAACAAGCGGCUGCAUAUCAGGCAGCCGAUUACAAUGAGAUCCGAGAACUAGAAAACGAAAGUCGAAAACUGCAUGAAAACGCACAGAAGACUGUCGAGGAACAGCAUACCCAAAUUCAAACAUUAUCGAAAGAAAUUGAUGAACUCAAAAUGGCUGCGAAAAUAAGGUCGCUUACUGCAGCUGAAAGUUCACACGGGGAGGAUUUGCAAAAACUUCAGGUUGUUUGUGAACUCUAUAGCAAAGUGUAUACAAACAUGUGGCCAUCUGCUUUUAAACAAGGAAAACUCAUUUGGAACGGUACUAGCGAUCACAUGAUAAUCAAAGCAAUUCAAGGGGUUCUCGAGGAUGUAUUCCAACUAGCCAACGAAGAGUGUGAAAGGCAAUGGAAAGAACUCGAGAGGGCUUUGAAAAUGCAGUCAAAGAACGAACUUUAUCCAGACCAUAAAGAUGCCAUCCGACGUUUGAGAUGGGCUACGGUGCAAUUUGUUGUUGAUAGGGUAUUACAGAUGUGGCAUAAGAUAAGGGCAGAUUCAGCCUUUUGUAGACGAGUGUGCACGUAUUGGCUGUCUGAUGAGUCUGCACGAACCACGUAUUGUAAUCAUGAAAAACGCCCUGCCUGGCACUGAUGUCAACGAAAAUGUAUAUGACAAAUUAUCUGCGGAAGGGAAUACAGUUGAGUUCGUAGUGUGGCCCGCGCUGAUGAUUACUAAUGGGCAUGUGAUUGCAAAAGGAGUUGUUCAGUGCUACAGGGCAGAUCCUCGCCAUAAUCUAUGGCAGACACACUCGAGUGUAGUGUAGUGUGGACAAAACAAACUGUUCAGAUGAUUUGGUAAAACAUAAACACAAUAUCAAUUCACCUACGCUAAGUUUCAGAAUAUCGAGCUUCAUUUAUUCGGAUUUUAUUUUCUGUUUCAUAGAUUUUUUUCAUUUCGAAGUAUGUGUAAAUACAAUCAAUUAACAAAACAAAGACAUUUACAUGCAUAGACUUAUUUUACCAUAUGGCCUGUGCUUAAACUGUGUUAUAACUAUCAAAACACAAACUGACUUACUAUAUAAUUCCUUAUAUAUUUUUAAAUGUGUUUUUACUUUACUUAAAACGUAUUCAUGUUUAACACAUACAUAUUAAGUGAUUUUCAACACAAAAUGUUUCAGUUUUACAACAACACUAAUACUAUAACUAGAGUGUUCAAAACAGCAUAAAGCCAUAUUAUGUUACAUUCACUAGUUGCCUAAUAAUGGGCAUACUGUACACACUUGAUUUUACACAAUUAGUGUGUUUUAUUUACAAAACAAUUAAUUCUAGUUUUGAACCUAAUAUGCAAACUACACAACAAAAAAGUAAGUAAAAACAAAAUUUGCAAGUUUCAUAUAUAAUGAGAGUUGUAAGAUUAUCAGCACCUAUUUUUAUUAAUACAAAUAUUAAUAACAUAUUUGUCUUAUCACUUUUAAAAACAUUCCUAUAUUUGAUUCACUUGUUGUGAUUGCAUAAAUAUUAAAAGCAAAUCUUAGACCAGACAUAAAUCCAUGAAUAUGUGGGAUAAAUAAUUUCCUUUUGCAUUCAAAAAUGUCCUUUUUAAUUGCUAUGUAAAGAACAAAGCAACUGUCAUUUACCGUAUUAUUUUUGUCACCAAAAUAUAAGAUUUGUCAGUGUAUUACUAUUUAUAUAUUUGCAUUUUUAAGCUAUCAGAGAUAUCUUCAAUGUGUGUUUCUACUGCCUUACAAUCACAAAAUAAAAUGGAAUGAGAUUAUUCUCAUAUUUUGCAAGUGCAUGUUUAAAUAUCGGAAAAGCCCAUUUUUAAGGAGUGAGUUUGUUCCCUUAAUUCUGUAGAAAAUCCUAGUUUGCGACCAUUCAAUAUAUGUGUUUUUUAAACACUUGUCCGUAGACUUUUUUUCCAUUGUAUGGAAUCAUUUGCAAUGUUUUUGUUCCAGUUUUUGGCAUUUUGGGAUUUCAGAGUUUAAAUUAAACAUAGAAAAAUAACUUAUGAAUGAAUCAGUAUUUUCUGGUAUCUAUAUAGGUCGACAAAAUGACAUAUGUAUGAACUUUAUACUGUUCUAAUGGUACAUUUUGCACUGAGCGCAAUUAGGCAGAAAGAAAAAUUUUACGCCUUCAUAAUGCAUCACAUUAACUGUUUUUUCGUUUUGAUGUAUACCUCUUGCAGUAACAAAAGUUGUUUACUGUCUUGCUAUUUCUUGUUAUAGCCUACAUUUUGUAUAAACUGCAUGUAUUACA